AUUAAUGUGGAAGGGGGAAACGACACAGGAAGAGAAACAAAUGACCAUCACUGCAGAGAAUCGGCUCCAAAAUCACUCUUUAAAAGGUGGGAUCAAAAAGCAACUGUGCCAGUAUACAUGGUAAGGGUGGAAAGCCCUGAGAGAACCUAAAACGCCAGAUUCACCCUUCUCUAGCUACUUGGAGAUGCAGUCACACUGCUGAAGCUUGGGACAUCUGGUCAAGUGAGUACUUGCUGUGCAUUAAGGCAGGGGCGGAGGAAGGGGGGUGCAGUGGGUGAGGGCCACCCCGGGUGUCACCACUGAGGGGGGUGACAAAAUGCCAGGUGGCACUUGUUAUGUACUGAAGUUCUCACCCUGGGACAGCAGGGGGAUACUGUAGAUAGUUAUGCAAAUAAGGGAUUGAAAGUGACGUUCAGUAAUUGGAUAGUUUUAGAAAGUUGUUACAGUAACGUUGUACUGGAGCUCUAUAUAAGCAGGCUGACUGAACCCUUCAGUUCAGUUCUGUCCUGGCCUGUGAAUAAACAAGAGCUGUUUGAAGAAUCGCCGUGUCGUCUGAUAUGUUCACCCACAAUUGAACAGCACUCACCGCGCCUGAGCCACACAUCCAAGCGGUCCGCCCUCUGCCUCCCCCCCAGCUGUAGGGCGGCUGAGUGGGAGGAGGCAGGCAGACUCCAGAGGCCCCGCGGUGCACCCUGCCCCUAUGGGUGGCUCGUCCCGCCCCUGGGUGCACCACUCCAGGUGCCCGAGCAACCUCCCUCUGCCGCUGCAUUAAGGCCAGCCGUCAAGGAUUUCUGAGACUCUUGCAUGAACAUUGGGCAAGUCAACUUUGAAGACCGCCUCGGAAGUCUUAUAUAAGCAGCUCUGCAAGUUCUUUGGAGUGUGUUAAAUGAACAACCAGACGCUGAUACCAUUAUCAGUAAUCCACAGAGUGAAAAACCCUUAAAUGGAACCCAUUUCCUAUCUGAAAAAAAUAUGUGGUUUCAUAAAGAUAUUGAACAGCAAAAUUGGUAGAUGAAGAUUUUCUUCGUUGUAUUUUUGUGUUUUACAGCAUGGGCUGUAAUCCAAGUUUGUGCAAUUGAAGUCCACGGAGUAGAAAGAUGCACUGCAGUUUUUAAAAUCCUCUGCUGAGUUUUGCUAGCCUGCUAAACAAUUAUUUUUAGAAGGAGGGAACUGUUUCUUUAUCUUUUUUUUUUUAAAGAAAGGAGAAACAUUUGUUCACUAUAAAUUUGCAGAACAAGUAUUUCUUCACACAGGAAGGUUUUUUUUACAACGUGCCCAGUCACCAGCAUCACUGAAAAGCAAGCGAUUGUAAAUUGGUAAGUAAAUUUAAGUUGGGGGGGGUUGCAUUUGUAUAUAUUAAUUAACAGCAAAAUAGAGUUAACAAUGAUUAGGAAAGAUGCAUGAAAGUAACCUACCAAGAUGUAAAAAAGGCAGUUAUUACAUAUUCCAAACCCUGAAAACUGAUGAUUAAUAUUGAUACCCUUUCUUUACGUUCAUAUUGUUCAGAAAAAAAGCCAUAAAGACCGAAUUGGGCUUUUCUGCCAUUUUUUAACAUUAUCUUUGGCUAGAUGCAGUUAAUAGUUUUUCAGUAGCUUGAAUGAGAUAUGAAAGAGCUAUUGUUUCUUCUCUGCAGUGAGGUAUCCAAUCAGAUAGUUGUCCCAAAUUUUGACAAGAGAAUACGCAAGGCUAUGGGUGGUUGUUCCCCAGGCAAAAAUAGCAAAAUCCUUUCCCCUUUAAAUCUUGGGUGUCAUUUAUUCAGUGCAUAUGUGGACUGAGGGCCAUUUCACAAGGAAAACACUCCUAUGUGAAACAAAAUAAAAAAAUUCUUUCCAGUAGCACCUUGGAGACCAACUAAGUUUGUUACACACAAACUUUGUGAAACAGAAGUGUAUCUGAAGAAGUGUGCAUGCACACGAAAGCUCAUACCAAUAACAAACUUCGUUGGGCUCAAAGGUGCUACUGGAAGGAAUUUUUAAAUUUGGUUUAUUUUGGCAGACCAACACAGCUACCUACCUGUAACUACUCCUAUGUGAGUAAUACUGCAAAAAAUGUGCAUCUAAUAGUGUAAAACAUGCUUGGUUAUCAUGGCAGGCUGCCGCAGGUACAUGCCUUUCACACGACUGUGUAAAUAUGCACCAUGUGCUAUUUUUUGAUAUUUUGUUAAUAGCGAAGUUUGCUGUUUAACCGUGUGUCAUUUUAAAUGUGUGGUAUGAUAAUGAUUUUGAAUGAAAAAGAGGAGGCUUACUAUUGGAUCAGCAAAAUGCCCAUCACUUUGGGCACUGGAGGAGAGACCUGAAUAUUGCAGGGAAACCUGUGGACAUCUAUGUGCUCUGCUUGUGGGCACAUCUCCCCAUGGAAUUCCUGCUGGGGAGGGCAGGCUAUUCGGCAAGCAGAUUCUGCCCUCGCUCCAACAAUGUCCCCUAAAACGUUGCCGAGUUUUCCCAUAGGAAUGAAUGGCUACUAUCUGUUUAAGUGGAAUAAAUUAAAGGGAAGCCAUAGCUAUCUGCUCCCAGCACCUGGGCAUCCUAGCCUUCAGGGGAAACGACUGUAGCUCAGAGAGAGUGUGUCUGUUUUCCAUGUAAAAGGUCGCAGGUCUAAUCUCUGGCAUCUCAUUGAGCCAGUGUGGCGUAGUGGUUAAGAGCGGUAGUCUCGUAAUCUGGGGAACCGGGUUCGCGUCUCCGCUCCUCCACAUGCAGCUGCUGGGUGACCUUGGGCCAGUCACACUUCUCUGAAGUCUCUCAGCCCCACUCACCUCACAGAGUGUUUGUUGUGGGGGAGGAAGGGAAAGGAGAAUGUUAGCCGCUUUGAGACUCCUUAAAGGGAGUGAAAGGCGGGAUAUCAAAUCCAAACUCUUCUUCUUCUUCUUCUUCUUCUUCUUCUUCUUCUUCUUCUUCUUCUCUGGUUGGUGCUGGAAAUAUCCCUUUAUGAAAACCCUGUCUGUGUAGAGUAGUGCUGAACUAGAUAGUAUUAAUGGUCUGAUUUGGCAUUCGGAAGCUUCCUAUACUCUCAUCAAAGCCUUCAUUUACCCAGGCUUCAUGGCUCCAUCCUGGGUUUUCCAAUCACACUUUUCCAGUACUAUUUUUCUAGAAAAGCAGUUGCCAGAACUCACCACAAACUUCUCCCGUGUUCUCUUAGAAUGGCAAAGGCACCCACCUGAGAGGUGCCGGAGCUGAGAUCCGAUGAGCUGGCUGAAAAAAGAAAAGCCCUGGUUCUAGCAUUGGUUAUUUAGAAUGAGCGUGAGCUACGAGCCACCGUCUUCCCAGUCAUGCCCCAACUUUAAAGCUGCUACAUGUCUAUCAAGCACAACGCUAACUCAGUGUUCAAAGACAGAGGCGAGAAAGUGGGAUGAUUUAGUUGCAAACCAGGCAUAGCUGUCAACUUUUCCCUUUUCUUGCGAGGAAUCCUAUUCAGAAUAAGGGAAUUUCCCUUUAAAAAAGGGGAAAGUUGACAGCUAUGAAACCAGUCCGCAUCCAGGUCACCUUUGGGUCCAUUCACCUCAGUGCUUGAAGUGGGAAGAAAAAGAGGGUGUGUUAGUAUUUUGUCUGCUUUUCGUUCCGUUCUGUUUUUGAUCUGCUUGGAAAGAAGUAGGAUGGCAUCCCACUCGGUGCCAACCAACUGUGAGCACUGCAUUUAAGGAAAGUGGUCAGGAGCGCCUCACCCAUUAUAUUUCAAACGCAAUGCACUUAUUGCUAUUCUCUUUCUAGCCAACUCUAUGGUUAUGAACUCUAUGGUCCAUAACACGAUGAUGACAAUCACUGGGCCAAGCGUACUAGAAUGGAAGCCCCAGAAGGAAGCCCCACUGAGUUCAAACAUGUAUCAGAACUGGUCUGCUUCUGACUGUCCUUAGAAAUAGUUUACUAGGUCUAUGUACUAAGUAAAGGUAAAGGUAAAGGGACCCCUGACAAUUACCGUAAGUCCCGUCGCGGAUGACUCUGGUGUUGCGGUGCUCAUCUCGCUUUUUGGCCGAGGGAGCCAGCGUUUGUCUGCAGACAGCUUCCAGGUCAUGUGGCCAGCAUGACUAAGCUGCUUCUGGUGAACCAGAGCAGCGCACGGAAACACUGUUUACCUUCCUGCUGCAGCGGUACCUAUUUAUCUACUUGCACUUGACGUUCUUUUGAACUGCUAGGUUGGCAGGAGCAGGGACCGAGCAACGGGAGCUCACCCCGUCGUGGGGAUUCAAACCGCUGACCCUCUGAUCGGCAAGUCCUAGGCUCUGUGGUUUAGACCACAGUGCCACCCGCAUCCCACUAUGUGCUAAGUAUGUAUGGUCAAAUUAGCAGUCUCUUUGCUAAAAACGAAAGGGGUGGGUGACAGAUUUUAUACCAUUGCUGUAACCAUUAUAAAGUGAAAACAAACACAACGUGGUUAAAACGUGGUGCUGAUAAUGCCAAGGUUGCAGGUUCAACCCUCAUAUUGGACAGCUGCAUAUUCCUGCACUGCAGGGGGUUAGACUAGAUGAUCCUCAGGGUCCCUUCCAACUUUACAAUUCUAUGCUUCUAACAAAUGCUCCUAAAACACAAGGCUCGUUUUGCAAUUGGAAAUACCCAAAAACAAGCCUCUCAGCCUCGCUGAAAAUUUUGCCUUCCUCCCUACGGAAAUCUGAAAUAUCAUCCUUGCAAAAGCACCAUUAUCUUUGAGUCACAGCUUCUCUAGCCAACCCCACCCUGUACGCUGUGAUAUGGAGAUAACUUAUCUUACACAGUUGUGAGGAGGAUUGUGUGUGUGUGUGUGUAACACUUUUCAUACCCUCACUUCCUAUAACUACAAUAUCUAUUGAAUAUUUAUUGCUAUUUAUUUUGCCCUGGUUACUUCGGGUUGAAAAUUCCACAUUGUGUACCCUGAAUAUUCUAGUUACACUGCUGAGAUUCUCCUAGAUGAAAGGUGGCCAGCAUAUACCUUCAGUUUUGAAGGUGUACAAAGCCAAACUAGUUACCAAGAUUAUGUACAGACUUCUACUUUGGAUACUGGGGAUUAAGGAAUCCCUGGUGAGAAAGAUCUUUUGCAUCCCAUAUGUGCAGCUAAUGAAAUUGGUAACAAGCAUUUGUUCUUUGGAAACAAUGGUACAGUCUCUUUCAAUGGGUUAUUGGCACCACCAAUAUCUAUCCCCCUUAGAUUUGGGCUAUGAAUCCCUGGCUUUGCUUGAUAAUUAUGACUCCUCCUGGCUUAAGCUGGUUAACAGCCAUGUUAACACUACCUGCUGCUGAUCACCCCAUUUUCUGCCUCUUUGGUUAGAAAAACCAGCUGCCUGCAUUAAACAGAGACUUCUGGAUCUUAGCUUGCAAAAUUCAUUUGCUCUGGCAAAUGAGGUUUCCCCACCUCUAUACAUCAAACCUAGACAGCAUCUUAAAAAGCAGGGACAUCACCUUGCCAACAAAAGCCUGUAUAGUUAAAGCUAUGGUUUUCCCAGUAGUGAUGUAUGGAAGUGAGAGCUGGACCAUAAAGAAGGCUGAUCGCCGAAGAAUUGAUGCUUUUGAAUUAUGGUGCUGGAGGAGACUCUUGAGAGUCCCAUGGACUGCAAGAAGAUCAAAUCUAUCCAUUCUUAAGGAAAUUAGCCCUGAGUGCUCACUGGAAGGACAGAUCCUGAAGCUGAGGCUCCAAUACUUUGGCCACCGUAUGAGAAGAGAAGACUCCCUGGAAAAGACCCUGAUGUUGGGAAAGAUGGAGGGCACAAGGAGAAGGGGACGACAGAGGACGAGAUGGUUGGACAGUGUUCUCGAAGCUACCAGCAUGAGUUUGACCAAACUGCGGGAGGCAGUGGAAGACAGAAGUGCCUGGCGUGCUCUGGUCCAUGGGGUCACAAAGAGUCGGACACGACUAAACGACUAAACAACAACAACAACAACAUACAUCGAAUGCAACCUAGCUUUAAUUAUUUGCAUGACUGGUGUUUAGCAACAUUAAAUAUUCCUAGAGAGUCUAGUCAGUGGCUAUGCUCAAUGUUUUGUCUUCAGCGUUUAUGGAAGGUUGAUGCACUUCUCUAUCUUGGCACAUGAGUUUGCAAAAGCGGGUCAGUCAAAAUUUUAGCUUGUGUUAUUAAUUAACAAGAAACUCUGGGAACUGCAGUUCUGGAAGUAGGGAUGGAAUGGUGUGUGUGUGUGUGUGUGUGUACGUACGUGUGUGUACCUAACUGAUAAUUCUUUGCAUACACAUUAAACUACUGUUCCCAAGAAUCUUUGCAGAGCACCAUCACAGUUAAACUGGUAUAGAGGCCAUUAUCAGGAGGCGUUUUGCUGAUCAUUUCCUUGGGAAAAUGUAUGUGCACAGACAUGAAGGCAAUUUAAACUAUUAUGUUUAAUCCAUUCCUGACACAGAAAGACAUCUUUCCUAUAGAAAGCAUAUGCAUUUUAAGAGUAGAAAUGUAACCAUUGGAACAGUUGCUCCAUGGCUGUUUAUGUGGCUACCAAAUGUGCCUGUCCUGAUGAGGACACUCUGUAAGAGAGAUGGUGAAUCUCUGACCCUCCGGAUUGCACCAAAAAUCUUCAGUUGAAUUAUUGCAACAGUGCCUUCUUUCUGAUUUUGUUAGUUCAUUUCUGUAGCCCCACUGUGUCUUCUUUUCACAAGAAUUCAUUAUUCAUGCUCAUGUAGGAUGCCCUGCACAAACAUCUCUUUUUGACAGUUAUAAAGGUACAGUCUACCAACCAAGAACGAAGCUUCCAAUGAUAAUAAUAAUUUAUUAUUUAUACCCCGCCACUCUGGGUGGCUUCCAACAGAAUAUUAAAAUACAAUAGUCUAUUAAACAUUAAAAGCUUCCCUAAACAGGGCUGCCUUCAGAUGUCUUCUAAAAGCCUGGUAGUUGUUUUUCUCUUUGACAUCUGAUGGGAGGGCGUUCCACAGGGCAGGUGCCACUACUGAGAAGGCCCUCUGCCUGGUUCCCUGUAACUUGGCUUCUCGCAGUGAGGGAACUGCCAGAAGGCCCUUAGCACUGGACCUCAGUGUCCGAGCAGAACGAUAGGGGUGGAGACGCUCCUUCUGGUAUACUGGACCGAGGCCAUUUAGGGCUUUAAAGGUCAGCACCAACACUUUGAAUUGCGCUCGGAAACGUACUGGGAGCCAGUGUAGGUCUUUCAAGACUGGUGUUAUGUGGUCUUGGUGGCCGCUCCCAGUCACCAGUCUAGCUGCCGCAUUCUGGAUUAGUUGUAGUUUCCGGGUCAGCUUCAAAGGUAGCCCCAUGUAGAGUGCAUUGCAGUAUCCCAAGCAGGAGAGAACUAGAGCAUGCACCACUCUGGCAAGACAGUCCGCUGUCCUGGACACAGAAUUGACCUGCGCCUCCAUGGACAGCUGUGAGUCCAGAAUGACUCCUAGGCUGUGCACCUGGUCCUUCAGGGGCACAGUUACCCCAUUCAGGACCAGGGAGUCCUCCACACCUGCCCACCUCCUGUCCCCCCAAAACAGUACUUCUGUCUUGUCAGGAUUCAACCUCAAUCUGUUAGCCGCCAUCCAUCCUCCAACCGCCUCCAGACACACAGGACCUUCACUGGUUCUGAUUUGAAAGAGAGGUAGAGCUGGGUAUCAUCCGCAUACUGAUGAACACCCAGCUACCAAGAGUUUUAGGGCUGCUUCAGAAAUUAUCUAGGUAACAAAUGAGCAUGUCCCGAUGAGUAUGUUCUACAGCAGGGAUGAUAAACCUAUGGGCCACAUUUGCACCUACCAAAUGUGCCUGUCCUGAUGAGGACACUCUGUAAGAGAGAUGGUGAAUCUCUGACCCUCCAGAUGUUGUUGUACUACAGCACCCAACCCUUCAUCAUGCCAGCUGAAGAUGAUGAGUCAACAACCUCUGGAGGCACAGAGGUCUCCCAUCUGUGUGGUAUAGGAAGCCAUGACCAAUUGUUUAUUCCUGUGCCAUGGAGUUGCAGGAAACACUUAUUUCCAAACACAAAUAGGAGGGCAAAGAACUGCAAAAAGUAUUUCGGGAGUCCUAAGGAGGUUGAGAUUUGGCUUCUAUCAGCAGCCCUUUGUGCAACAUGGCAAACUGCUCUUGAAACCAAGUCAGUUCUUUCUCUUGCGGCAUGACUAAGCCGCUUCUGGCGAACCAGAGCAGCGCACGGAAACGCUGUUUACCUUCCCGCCGGAGUGGUACCUAUUUAUCUACUUGAACUUUGACGUGCUUUCGAACUGCUACGUUGGCAGGAGCAGGAACCGAGCAACGGGAGAUCACCCCGUCGCGGGGAUUUGAACUGCUGACCUUCUGAUCGGCAAGUCCUAGGCUCUGUGGUUUAACCCACAGUGCCACCCCUUACCUGAUGUCAUACAGGUAAGGAAAAAGCUUGACCAGAAGGGCACAGCUUGCCCAAAGCCACUAUGUGCCGCUCCCAACAACCAGCCGAGCCUUUGGGGACCCUGCGCUAAGCACAUUUGCUCUCCCUGAAGGACUUUAAACUUUCAAAUUUCAGUGGUGCCCUGUACAAUGCCAAAAUUCAGUGCUCCCUGCCUCUCACCUUCUGUUCCAAGUCAUUGUUGUGCCCUCCUUCCAGCUCGGAGCUCAUUGUGGGCAAACUGGUUGUGAUCCCUUAUAUUCACCUCUGGGAGAUGGAUGCUGCUGAGGUCAUGGGCAGCAACACAGAGGAGGAGUUAAGAAACAGGGAGAAGUGGAGUAAGCAAAAAAGGGUGACGCGGCAAACACGUUACAAGUCAUGUAAGCAAUUAAAAAAAACACUUUUUGCAUCACCAUCGAUUACUUGAUUUUAGUUCCAGAAAAACAACGUAUCACCUAGUCACAGUAGAAAUAUUGUGUGGUUCCUACCCAAAAAAAUGAAGGAAGGAGCAAACCACAAGGCAAAGUCUGAGAUGGUGUGUGGUUAAGCCCUCUGUCCUUCAACCACAUUCAAGCUUGAAAAAUGUAACUAUAGCUCCUCCAAAUGGCAGAAAAGUAGUUGCAAUGUAGACUCUUCCGUUUCUACACGGCUGACUAGUAAAGAAAUCCUCAGUGAAAAUUUGCCCAGUGACAUACUGUACACAUUUACUAACACUCUUUGUCAGGGAGUGGGGUGGGAGGAGAUAAUACUUCACAAGAUAACCAUUUCAUGUUGAUUUUUCUGAGCUUCGUUACAGCUACUGGGCACCCAAGAGUUUCUUCAUGUUAUGUUAAGAUACAUUUCUGGGCUGUACAAAAUUUUGGUCAGCAUCCAAGGGUGAUUUCAUAUGGCCAUCUUUUUUGGGUGACUUUAAUGAAAAUGAAACUACUAUAUACUAACAAUGAUGAAGAUGCUUUUAUUCGGCCUCUUUCAUUUUGGAUACGGUAUGACACUUUUUUUAACAGAGGAUGCUCAUUUGUUAAACUGUAAGUGAUCGAUGUAGAGUGAUGCGAUGGGUUUCCAAGGUUUACAUUAGACUACCUGUAAUUUCUCUCUCACUUCAUGAUUGUAAUUAUGUACAAAAUAUACGUGCCGUACAAUGUGGGAUUCAGAAUGGGCUGAAACAGUGCUGGGGCACCAAGCAAACUAUAAUGGAAAGAAUGGCAUUUUGGCAAUAGGCUCACUGAUUAUAAUCACUCCUAUGCAACUGCCUCUGCACAGAUACACAAUGUUGUUAUUAUUGAGUUGCAUAAUUGCAUAUCUGUAGAUUGGUGAAGUCCCAGCAGUUGUUGAUCUUUAAUAAGCGUGUGCUUAGCCUAAACAUGAAAACAUCUGCAUGAACAAAAUCUAUUGUUUUCUGUAUUUUGAUUUCUCCCCUUCUGUGUUGAAAGUUCAGUAUAUUCUCCUAUGUACGGAAACCAGCAUUUUAUGAUUACUGUGCAUGCAGUGUGGAUGCGUAAAUAUAAAUAUAUCUUCUACAAUUGCAGGGAACAAGAUGCCUACUGCUACGAGCACAGCAGACUACUACGAAGAUGUAACAACCACAGAAUACGUUUAUGACGAAACAGCAGAACCAUGCCUAAGUGCCAGUGUUAAUGAAUUUGCUUCCCAGUUCCUGCCACCGCUUUACUCUUUGGUGCUCAUAUUUGGCUUGCUGGGCAACUCACUGGUGGUGCUGAUCCUCAUCAGAUAUAAGAAACUCAAGAGCAUGACUGAUAUCUACCUGCUCAAUUUAGCCAUCUCGGACCUGCUUUUCAUCUUCACACUCCCAUUUUGGGCUUAUUACGCAGCGCACGAGUGGGUAUUUGGAGAUGCAAUGUGCAAAAUUCUCUCUGGGAUCUAUUACGUAGGCUUCUACAGCGGAAGUUUUUUCAUAAUCCUUUUGACCAUCGAUCGAUAUCUAGCCAUCGUCCAUGCUGUGUUCGCAUUAAAAGCCCGGACAGUUACCUAUGGCAUCCUCACAAGCGUUGUCAUGUGGGGCGUGGCACUCCUAGCCUCUGUGCCGGUAAUGGUCUUUAACAGAUUACAAAAGGAAGACAAUCGUUCAGUGUGCACUCCUCAUUUUUCUUAUGAAAAUCAGAUUGUCUGGAACCAGUUCUUUACACUGAAAAUGAACCUUAUAGGCCUGAUCUUCCCAAUGAUCGUCAUGACCUUCUGCUAUGCACAGAUCAUAAACACCCUAAUGAAAUGCAGGAAUGACAAGAAGAGCAAAGCGGUCCGGCUGAUUUUUAUCAUCAUGAUAGUUUACUUCAUUUUUUGGGCCCCAUACAACAUUGUUCUUCUGCUACAGACAUUCCAAGAUGCAUUUGAUCUCAGCAAUUGUGCCUCCAUUAGUAAUUUGGCUAUAGCAGCGCAAGCGACAGAAACAAUAGCAAUGACUCACUCUUGCAUCAAUCCUGUCAUCUACGCUUUUGCUGGCGAGAAGUUCAGAAAAUAUGUUUGCAGCCUUUUCCGAAAGCAUGUGGCUCUCCACCUUCCAAAAACAUGCCUCUCUCUGUAUACAGAGCCCCUGGAACGUGCCAGUUCCACAUACUCCCAGUCUACUGGGGAGCAUGACAUGUCGGCGGUGUUGUAGUGGCUUUCCAGAGAGAAAAAGUAAAACUUACUUCUGCCGGUGCAACUUAACAGAUCCAUUUGAACUUUGCAGUCUAAACUCAGUUUAAAAGGGCUGAGUUGCUUCCGACAAAAGCCGCUUUUAUGGCAAGAGAGACGAUUUGGGUCGGAUGUAUACUGUAAUUGCUUGGCUUACACCAGCUCACAAGCUGAGUGUUAAACAAAUGUUACGUGCAAGGACACUGGAGAUGUUAUGAACAUCACCAGGGGUUUAUUAUCAAGCACAUCUUAUACGCUGCUCUCUGUUGCAUUUGAAAUGCAUGUGUGUCUUUUUUAAGGUAGGCAAAUGUAUGCCGAAUCUAAUCUUACACGAAUGUCUGCACAAAUUAGCAUGCUAUAGUUCCUUGCAGAAGUGAGCCUAUUGCUCUGUCCUUAAGGACACUGAACACCCUGCUCCCACACCCAGUUUGUUUUCUGCAAGGUCAUGCAUUAACAGACAAAAACCAUGUCUUCGUUUCACCACCUGCAGCUAGCAUGUUGGAAGGGAGCAAUGGCUAUCUAGCGCCUUCCUGCUUAACAUGAUCAUCCACUUUCCGGUCCCCGACAGAUCAAACUAUGCAUCCAAACUAUGUUGCGUCUGAAGCAAAGGGAAGGUAGGUGCACUGGGAAAGCUGGCUGCAGAGUAAAUAGCAGUGCAAUUUCCUUCCCAGUUCCAACCAUGGCAAACUGAGCCAUUGGCACGCAGACAACCUACCUGCCAACUCUUCCCAAGGAAAUUAUACUGGGUGCAAGAUCAUUGCACUUAACGUCUGGUCUAAUGUUGGUUCGAGGCCUUGUACUGUUAUGAUGCCGCAAGCCUGAUUGGCAGUAGUUUUCCUUGACAGCUUCUGUGAAGAGAGAGAGAGAGAGAAAGAGAUGGAUUAUCAUUUGGGGAAUGUACAGUUGUACCUUGGUUUUUGAAUAGCUUAGUUCUCAAAUGUUUUGGCUCCCAAAGACUGCAAACUCGGAAGUGAGUGUUCCGGUUUAUGAACUUUUUUUGGAAGCCAAACUUCCGACAGGGCUUCCACGUCUUCCGAUUGGCUGCAGGAGCUUCCUGCAGCCGAUCAGAAGCCACGCUUUGGUUUUCAAACGUUUUGGAAGUCGAAUGGACUUCCGGAACGGAUUCCGUUCGACUUCCAAGGUACGACUGUAUUAGGCUGGGCCUGGGACAGGUAUACAGUGGUGCCUCAGGUUACAUACGCUUCAGGUUACAGACUCUGCUAACCCAGAAAUAGUGCUUCAGGUUAAGAACUUUGCUUCAGGAUGAGAACAGAAAUCAUGCUCCAGUGGCGCGGUGGCAGCAGGAGACCCCAUUAGCUAAAGUGGUGCUUCAGGUUAAGCACAGUUUCAGGUUAAGAACAGACCUCCGGAACGAAUUAAGUACUUAACCCGAGGUACCACUGUAUUCAUUCUGAUUGAUCUGGGUUAUAGCACAUUGACAGGCUGGAGUUCCUAGUCAGCUGAGAGUCAACUGUCAGGGAAAGGAAGUUAGAUUUUUGCGGAAAAGUGAGUGGAUGAGAAAGGUUUGAUGGGAAAGGUCCGAGAAAAAGGCUAAUGAGAAUAGCUAAAGUCUGGAUACAAAUGUCAGCUUGUUAUUAAUACCUGUCUGAUGAAGAUCAGGAUAAAGGAAUCAGCGGCGGAGGUGAUCUGAAAAGCUGCCCUGUGCAAAGGUCUUGCCCGAGGAAGGCUACACAAAUGCAUUUUUUUAAGUUGGCCUAAUUGUCCAAACAGCCAGAACUACAACCAGAGGAGCUUUGGGGUACAGAGGCAGACUGUCCCCCAACAGAGGCUGGAUUGAGUUGUCAGAGUAUUUUGACUGGGGUGGAAGUUCAGGGAAUUUGGCCUGAGAUAAAAGCCACUUAGAGGCUGGUGUCAGCAACAGGACCUUUAAAGUCUUCAGAAACCAUAAUCGAGCACCUUUAAGACCCCAAUGCAAAUAUCUGUAUUCCCUUAUGUACAUAGUACCUUUUAAUAAACCAACAAGCUUAAAGUUCUACCCAUCUCUCGUGUUGGCAUCCAUCUCUUGCCUAAACUUAUUAUAUCAGCUACCAGGCUUUGAAACUGGUGGCCGCGGAAUAUUAAAUAACAGCUAUACAAAUGCGGGUUUUGUUAAGUGAGAAAGAGGGAACUGGUAUCCCUGACACAAGCCAGUAAGGUGAGCGUAAUAAAUGGAGAACAUAGUGCUGUUUAUUAAGCUGAACUGCUUAUUCAGCUGUGAAAAGUGGGAUAAAUGUUCACCUAAAUGUGCUCAGGAUUGACUUGUUAUAAAUCCAACAAUAAAAGCUUGUUUUGUACUAC